UUGCUACUGCCAAGUAUUUAGGUGCAAACUUAGCGUGGUCGUCAGCAACUUAUGAUACUCCCAACUAGUACUCAUGGACCGUACCAUUUUUCAAAUUGGGAAUAAGUAUAAAGUGGCGUCCUAAUGUUUUUUGCAAAUUACAAGAUGUCAGUGUCAGAUCGGAGUUCUUUACUAGUUUAAAAUAUAUGAAUUCUGCUUAUCGAAGAAAUACAGGUGUUUGUAACUACUCCACUGUAAAACUUAGAUAUCUAGACGGUGGGGAAAAAACUAAGACGGCUAAAGGAUGGACCUUGCAGAUUGCAGAGUCGUGAUUGAUUUUUAUACAGUAAAUGCCAUAUAAAAACACGUAGCAGGUAAUAAUACCGUGGAACAAGGCCAGCAGAUAUAAAUAUUGAUUCAUGUAUGGAUACACAGUCAUAGGCGUGAAAACAAAGUCAUCAGAUGACUAGAGUACACCAACUCGUUGUCUUAAGCUUGUAAAAUAUGAUUUUGAAAAUCUUGUUACUAUUCUUCAUAUAUAUCCCAUUGUUUCUUGCGGCUCCAACAUCGAAGGAUGAUACAGAAGCAAAAAUUAUAAGAUACAGAAAUACAAACGAUGGCAGCGGGAACUAUCAUUUCGAAUACGAGACAUCUAACGGCAUAACCAGAGAAGAAACCGGCACGUUAAUAAAUGGCGGGCAUCAUGACACUUAUAUUGUCGUAGACGGUUUAGUGUCCUAUUUAGACCCAAACGGCAAAUUAAUAAUUGUGAGGUACUCAGCUGACAAAAAGGGCUACCAUAUAGUAGAUGAACCGUUGCUGGUAACUAAGGAAGAGGUGUCUCCACUCAUCGUGGCGUCCUUAUUAGGCUAAUAUGUGUAUAGGUCCCUACAUUAAUAUAAAUAAUAUACACACUAUCCCCUUUUAUUCAUACAAUUUAACUAAUCUAUAUU